AUGCUAUGUGAAGUAACACUGGAAGUGUUUGAGGAGACUUCAUUAAGAGUUCAAAAAACGCUUGAAGCAAUCAAGAGAAUCACAAUCGACGAAGCUAAGAAAAUUACAUCCAUGAUGCAUAUAUAUAAAGGUGGUGUAAACGUAGAAAACUUUGCCGCGAUCAAGGACAGCCUUCAUAAAAUUAUUCAGGCGGAUGAUGAGAUUGAAAACGAGCUUAAGGAACUUGCCAUCUUUCUUGAUAUCCAUAAUUCAGAUGCUAAAGCAGAAGUGGAUGACUUCAAAGAGGCAGUGUCAAAGGCCGGCUUAAGAAGCAGAUUGGACAACAUUGCAUAUCUUCUUAGCCGUGGAUUUGGAUUUGAGGAUCAAGAGUCAGAUGAUAGAUGA